UAAAGUGUUGAGAAAAUGUGGUUUUGGUCAACAAAUCCUUUUAACCAAUGGUGGCUUAGUGCUUACUGACCAAACCCACAAAAGUCAGUUGAUCAGUCUUCUCUGUGAUGGUAGGCUAGUUUCUUCAUUUCCUGCUAACUACUACACUUUUCCCCAAAGUGUAGUUAGCUGAGAUAACACAUUGAGAUUAAAACAAAUAACAGGCGAAUGGAGUUGGACAAGUUGACUAUUUGCUCUCCUUAAAUCCAUCCUCUUCACACACAUCAUUCUUAAAGAAAAGUGACAUAUAUUGAGACAUGGAGAGCUUCUUUAUCCUCCGUUGCUUCUUGUUACUCUCCUUCUUCUUCUUCAACGGAGCAUUCACAGCUUCAAGCAAGUUAUGGAGCAUAAGGGAGAUGUCGGAUAUGGCUGGCUAUGGCGAACACAAACUCUCAUCCGUAGUUAUCACCGGGUCUCUUCUUUGCAACACCCCUAUUUCAGGUGCAACUGUUGCCAUUAAGUGUCACACUGGAUUCCAAAAGAGAUCAAAAUGGAUAAAAGGUGUUACUAAUGACUUUGGAGAGUUUGUCAUCCAUCUUCCUUCUCAUCUUCACGCAAUUCCGCAACUCGAAAAAGCAUGUUUCAUCAAACCAAUACAUGUUCCUAAGCACUAUCACAGAUGUUAUCACACUUUUUCCAAAUCCAAUAUACACAAAGGCAUCAAACUUGUUUCCUCCAGAAAUGGCUUCCGUGUCUACACCUCAGGGACUAUCAAGUUACAUGGAGGACACAGUUCAAGAACAUCCCAACAACCUCAUAAAGCCAACAUGUAAACUCAAGCUUUAAUGAGAAACAUACUUGAAGAUUCAUCUUGUGUUAUUGUGUUUCUCUCACUUUGUUUAGGUUGGCGCUUCAGUCACAUAACCGAGUUGAGUCUCUUUACAUUGUUUAUCAGUUUCACACAGUGUAAUUACAUCUCAUACUUUUGCAUAGAUCACCAAAUGAAAUGUUGACAAAACUAAAUUUACCCCAAAAAAAGGAAGAAGACUAAAUUCGGCGAGAUAACCUGAA